GUGCAAUCGUUGAGAAUAAGUAAGUGUCAAUAAGUCUCUCAGAACGAAAAUUGAAUUAAAUCGUAAUUUGUUUAAUUUAAAAUAGAAUUUUCCGUAAGUAGCAUUAUGUCAGUUGCGGAUAAAAAGUCAUUUAUUAAAGACUUCUUUGCGGGUGGUGUAGCUGCAGCAAUUUCAAAAACUGCUGUAGCACCAAUUGAACGAGUAAAACUCAUUUUACAAGUUCAAGAAAUAUCCAAACAAAUAUCCGCAGAAAAAAAGUACAAAGGUAUUUUGGGUACUGCUGGACGUAUAGUUACCGAGCAAGGUGUAUUGAGUCUUUGGCGUGGAAAUUUAGCAAAUGUUUUACGAUAUUUUCCUACACAGGCAUUGAAUUUUGCUUUUAAAGAUGUGUACAAAAACUUAUUUUUAGGAGGUAUUGAUAAAAAAACUCAAUUUGGCCGCUAUUUUUUGGGAAAUUUAGCAUCCGGUGGAGCUGCAGGUGCUACAUCAUUGUGUUUUGUUUAUCCUUUGGAUUACGCAAGAACUCGUUUGGGAGCUGAUGUUGGUAAAAGUGGCAAAGGAGCCGGAAUAACUCCUCGUGAAUAUACUGGUCUCAUUGAUUGUAUAGUUAAAACUGUAAAAUCGGAUGGACCAAUAGGAUUGUAUCGAGGAUUCAUAGUAUCCGUUGAAGGAAUUAUAAUUUAUCGAGCUGCAUAUUUUGGUUGUUAUGAUACAGCAAAAGCAACAUUAUUACCAGAACCCGCCAAAACUCCUUUUUGGCUUAGCUACCUUCUAGCACAAGUCGUUACGACGUCUGCAGGAUUAGUUUCUUAUCCAUUUGACACAGUACGGAGACGUAUGAUGAUGCAAUCUGGUUUGAAAAAAGAACAAAUGACUUAUAAAAAUACUGCUGAUUGUUGGCGUAAAAUUUUUGUUCAAGAAGGACCACGUGCUUUUUUUAAGGGUGCUCUAUCAAAUGUGUUUAGGGGUAUUGGCGGAGCAUUAGUAUUAGUCGUAUACGAUGAAAUAAAAAAGUUUAUCUAAUUUUAUCUUUGUAUUAAAACGCUAUUUAACGUUUCAUUAUUUCUUCAUUAUUCGUUUCAU